CGCACAGCAUGUGGCGCCCCUGGCAGCGUACUUCACUUCCUGCGGCGGCGCUGGCUGCCGGCCUGUCAACCAUUUCGUACUCGACUCUCAGCGAGCCGGUGCCCCCACCAUCCGCCUUCCCGCUGGUCACACCACCUCCCUCUGCUUCCACGCCGGGCGGUGACAAACUCCGCCUCGCUCGCCGCUUUACGCGCCGUAAGCAGACCAAGCAUCAUCGCUACGUGAUUGUGGGCUCGGGUACGGCCGCCAACGCCGCCAUCGAGGCUAUCCGCCAAGAGGAUGCCAGCGCCGACAUUCUCGUGCUCAGCGACGAGAACGCGUUACCCCGUCUCGACUAUGGCUCGCAGCAGCCCGACGAUGAAGAAACCGAAGCUGACGAGCCGCCGCUAGCACCCGCGUUGCUGGAGAGCUACAACGAAUGGCGUCGUCACUUAAGCGCGCGCUUCGAAGAUGAUGCAGCCUCGUCCGUUGGGCCUCCGCCGCUCACGCUGCUGCUGGACAAGCGGCCGCUUGAGUUCGACGUGGAAAAGAAUCGCGUAUUACUUGGAGACGGCACUGAAGUCCGCUAUGAGCGCUGCCUCGUGGCGUCAGCUGGCCGGCCUCGACAUUUCUACGUUCUGGACAGCGAUCGCGUGUCGUACGCGCUCAAAGACCGCGUCAACACAUGCACGACACGCGCGGACUUCGUGCGGUUAGACCAACUGGCAGCCGGAGGGUCCGAGGAAGGUGGUGGAAAUGUGCAGAGCGUGCUGGUCAUCGGCGCGGGCUUUCUUGGCUGUGAAGUGGCCUGCGCGUUGGCUACAGACCCUCGGAACGACCACAUUAAGACCCAAUUGGUGUUCGUGGAACAGGCACCCGCUGCCAGGUCGCUGCCGCCGUAUCUGGCUGAGGAACUGGGCCGUCGCUUGAGUCGAGCUGGCGUCGAUGUGGUGCCGGACCGACUGGUGACGAGUCUGCGUCCGAGCAUGGACGACGACGACAACGAGAGCGACAGCGGCGUGACCGUCGGCGUGCUGGGCAAGGAUAAACCCGAAGCAGCACUGGACGCGGACUAUGUCGUGCUGGCUUCUACUCACACAGACCCGUCCCCUACGUUGCGCAUGGGACGCGCCACACGCGCGGGCGGCGGCCUUGAACGGGACGAGAAGAACGGCGGACUCGUUGUCAACGCGCAGCUGGAGGCUGUUUCCGGCCUGUUUGUUGCCGGCAACGCCGCUAGUUACUACGACCCAUACCUGGGCAGACGGCGAGUGGACAGAUACGACCACGCAGUCAACAGCGGACUCACGGCCGGCCGUAAUAUGGCCAGGUCGCUUCACGGCGCUGGGAAGAUGAAGACGUACCGACACCAGCCUUUGUUCCGUAGUCAUCUACCAGGCGUCGGCGUUUUGAUUGAAGGUAUCGGCGAAGUAGACUCGUCGCUACGAACUGUGGGCGUGUGGGUGCAGCCGCCCAAUGUCGGCGCAGGCUCCAACGGUGGGCGAGGAAUGCCAUACGAGCGUGGUGUGGUGUACUACCUCAAAGGUAACAAGAUCAUGGGCAUUGUACUGUGGAACGCGUCGGAUGUGCUGGAGAGUGCGCGCCAGUUGAUGCUUUCCCGGCCGGAGAUCCGAGACAAUGUGGUGGAGGAACUCAAGCACACUAUCUCACUCGCGCCGAACGAGUGGCUACAUGUGGUCUCCACGUAGACAGUCGGGACGGGUCUUGUGGGUGAUGAAAUGAACCAAAGUUGACAAGCCUCGA